GCGUGUAAUUUUCGCAGCUCAAUCUACUAAAUUCGUUUUAGUCAGUUUGUGGCCAGGAAGCGAGUCCCACCACUCGAAAAAUGGGUCAACACGUUUCCCGGACGGAUUUCGAAUGGGUCUACAACGAACAACCACACAUCGGUCGACGCGAUGUAAUGCUGAAAAAGUAUCCCGAGAUCAAGAAGCUGUACGGACCAGAUCCAAAGUUUAAAUAUAUCGUAACAGCGAUGGUACUUAUGCAAAUCUUCAUGCUCCAAGUGAUGCAAGAUCAAUCGUGGAAAAUGAUUGUCCUGGUAGCAUACUGUUUCGGAGGUGUGAUUAAUCAUUCGUUGAUGCUGGCGAACCACGAGAUAUCUCACAACAUGGCGUUUGGGUACGGAAGACCGCUGGCGAACCGGUACUUUGGAAUGUGGUGCAACCUGCCGAUUGGAUUUCCCAUGUCAGUGUCGUUUAAAAAAUACCACAUUCUACACCAUCGACACCUGGCCGAUGAACAUUUGGAUCCGGACGUUCCCAGCAUUUUGGAAGCUAAAUUGUUCUGCACCACAUUGGGCAAAUUCAUUUGGGUGGUUCUGCAGCUGUUCUACGCUAUCCGACCGCUGUUUGUUAAUCCCCUUCCGGUGGAACGACUGGAAGUGAUCAACACAAUUGUACAGUUAGCAUUCAACACUGCCGUGGUGUACUUAUUCGGGUGGAAGGCCAUGUUCUAUCUAAUCAUUGGAUCUCUCCUGGCUAUGGGUCUUCAUCCGGUAGCUGGACAUUUUAUAGCCGAGCAUUACAUGUACGCAAAGGGCUUCGAAACGUACUCGUACUACGGACCCCUGAACUGGAUCACCUUCAACGUGGGCUACCACAACGAACAUCACGAUUUUCCCGCCAUUCCCGGUAGCCGAUUACCAGAAGUGCGAAAAAUUGCACCCGAGUUCUACGACACCAUACCACAGCAUACGUCUUGGGUUCGAGUUUUGUACGAUUUUGUUAUGGAUCCGGCCAUCGGUCCUUACGCCCGGAUAAAGCGAAGAUCCGUGGAAAAAGCUAGCAAAGGUGACUCGAUUAAAGCUGCGUAGAUUUGAAAUCCACGGAUGUUAAGUAUAAGCUGUGAAUGCAAUAAUUAAAAUCCAUAAAACUCUAAUAAAGAACAAACAAACAU